AGAAUUAAUUUACAGGUUUAGAGAUGGCAGAAGUGAAGGUUCUAGGCGUUUGGGGAAGCCCAUUUAGCCGGAGAGUUGAGGUUGCCCUCAGACUGAAAGGAGUUGAGUAUGAAUUCAUAGAAGAAGACACCUCCAACAAGAGCCCCUUGCUUCUCAAAUCCAACCCAAUCCACAAGAAAAUCCCUGUGCUCUUGCACAACGGAAACCCACUUGCAGAAUCUCUUGUCAUUGUUGAAUACAUAGAUGACACCUUUCCAGGCACUCCCAUUUUGCCUCAGGACCCCUAUCACAGAGCUUUGGAUCGUUUCUGGGCUAAGUUCAUAGACGACAAGCUGGUCUCUGGUGCGGCGAAGAAUGCAAUAUUUUCCGUAGGCGAGGAGCAAGAAAGGGGAAAAGAGGAAGUUGGUGAGCUUCUGAAAAUUCUGGACAAUGAAUUGAAGAAGAAGAAGUUCUUGGGAGGAGAGAGGAUCGGACUUGCAGAUAUAGGCGGCAGUUUUGUGGCCUUAUGGAUGGGAGUUUUGGGAGAAGUUAUGGGGGUGGAUUUGGAUAUGACGGAAGAAAAGUUCCCUCAUUUAUGUCGGUGGAAGAAGGAUUUUCUGAAGUGCGACGUAAUCAAGGAGGCCUUACCUCCUAGAGAUAAACUUGUUGAAUUUCUCACCAAGCGAUUCAAGCCAGAAGCGGCAAGUAGUGCUUCUCAGUAAACAACUGUGUCUCCUUGCACUGUUGAAACACUUUUUAGAUUAUUGAAACGUAGUAUGUGUGUAUCUGUGUAAGAGAAGAGAUCUACUAUUGUUCUGCUUUG